AUGAUAAUGUUCAAGAUAAAAUCAACGUCAGCUAUCAAUAUUUAUUUUAUUUCAGGAAAUAGAUCAUGGAUACAUCCUCCUGACGCUUUACAAAAAGGACAUAUAGCCUAUCUAGUCAAGUUCCUGGGUACGACCGAGGUGGAUCAGCCAAAGGGCAUCGAAGUCGUAAAAGAAGGAAUCAGAAAACUGAAAUUUAGUCAACAAAUAAGGAAAUCUGAAGGAACAAAAACACCAAAAGUUGAACUAACAAUAAGUAUAGAUGGUGUUGCUGUACAGGAACCUAAAACAAAAAGGAUUCUGCAUCAGUAUCCACUUCAUAGAAUAUCCUACUGUGCUGAUGACAAGGGCGAGAAGAAAUUCUUCAGUUUUAUAGCUAAAGAAUCGCCUGACUCAGAACAGCAUUCGUGUUAUGUUUUCGUUAGCGACAAACUUGCAGAAGAAAUUACGCUCACAAUCGGACAGGCCUUUGAUCUGGCUUACAAACGGUUUUUAGAAACUGCAGGAAAAGAUCUAGAGGUGCAAAGACGUUUGAUUGUAAUGCAGCAACGAGUGAAACGAUUGGAAACUGAGAAUACCGUUCUGAGACAGCGGCUUACUGAUAUGAUGGUUGGACAAAAUGUUGAGGAGUAUAUGAGGAAAAACAACAUCUCUGAUAUGUUGGAAGUGAAUCAUGUGAAUGAUAAUAAUUCGGUGGCCUCAUCCACUUCCACUGAACCACUCUAUUCAUCACCAAAUACAAACGGCAACUCAUCGUCUGGAAGUCAAAAGAAAAGAAACCUUUUGGUAAAUGUGUCUUCGAGUAACGGAUCAACAGUUGCCCCUCCUCCACCCGUGCCACCACGUCAGAACUCUGGCUCAAACUUCAACAGUCAAUCGUUCGGAGACAUUAGUGACCUAGAUGUUAACGUGCCUAGUGUUGGUACCAAAUUGGAGGGACUACUGAUGGAUGAACUUGAGGAGGACUUCAAUCCGAGAGCCUACGAACAAGGAAACACUCAACCAGAACAGCAGCAAAUUUUCAAUGGAAAUCCUGCACCAAUUCCUGCGCCCUUACUUGCUCCUCCACCGAAAGCAGCUAGAGACCCAGCUCGCAGAAGUAUACAGGUGAACAAUGGUCAGAAGGAAGACAUGUUUGGCUCGACACCAUUCAACAUUCCGACGCCGACACCACGCAUGAGCACAAGCACCAAUCAGAGCUCUGAUCCGUUCGGAAUGGGAGAUUUCGGCGCAUCGGGUUCCGAACCCUCGCAGUCCGACUUUGAGAAUGCUAUUGGCUUGCUCGACAAGAAAAUACUCGAAAUGAAAGAUGGCUUUAGUCGUGGAUUGUCUUUUGGCAACGAAGAUUUCUCGCUAGAAAGUCUGGAUCCUCUAAGGAAAUGAAUUCUAGCCAGAAGGAUGCAGAAUUUGUGUGAUUAUUAAUUUUACAUUAUACAUACCAAAAUUAAUUAAAUAUUUUGUAUGAACACCGGUGCAUUCCUACUGUGCUGUUCCCUGUUAUUAAUAACACUUGCUUGGUGCCUUAUUAAAUGUAAGAAAUAUUCAUCCUUCAAAACUCUGAUCAAUAUAAAUAUAAUUGAUUACAAUGUGUUCAAGCUCUUGGUCUUCUAUCGCUUAACUACUACUUGCAAAAAGAACAUUAUCUUUUUUUAUACUAAAGCAUGUUUAGUUAUUCUAUCUAGUUACAUUUAUUGCUACAGUAUACUGUAUUUUGAUUGAACCUGGUUUUUAGUAGAAAAAAGAUUGGAAGACUAUAACAAAGAUUUUAGAAAUUGUUAUAUUUUCUAAAUUUAACAGUAUAUAAUGAUAUUGAAUUCCGGAAGUAUGGAAAAUUUUAUCCAGUAGCAGUAGGGUUUUGUUAUGAUAUAUUGUAUAAGUUCAGAACUAGAGCGUCGCGAAAUUUGGUGCUAAACUGUACAGAUUGUUAUGUAUUGCUGAGUUUUCUAAAUUGGUGCGACAUAAUUACUUAGCCAAUACUUUGUCACAAAAAUAUAUAUUUAUAUAUUUAAAAAAAACAUUCCAUAUCCGUCUAACACGACUUUUUCGGUGAAAUCGCCAACACCAAUUAGCUCUAAUAUUUUGAUUGAUGAUGAAACAAUUUUGGAAGAAAAACUUGUACAUAUAUACUUAUAUUUAUAUAGUGUUUAUAUUCUAAUACAAUCUUUAUACGUAAUUUGAAGAUGCAUCAUUGAUCGAUCUGUUUACUUGUUUAUAUUACAUUAAUUCUAUAUCAAUAAUGUAAAUAUAAUUUUUUGUUGUAUCUUUGAAUUCAUUUUAUCUAGUUUUAAAUGUGUAUUCUUUAGAAAAAUGGAAUAUCAUUAUAUUUAAGAGGAUAUGUAUCACAAAUAUAAACUAUUUUAUUAUA